AUGGCGUGUGUAUCGACAUGCUUAAUCGUCUCCCCUAGGUUAACUCAAUCUGGGUUCUCAUCAAAGAAGCCUUUGAUUCGUCUCAGAUCUUCUGUUGAUCAUUACUCUUUCGCCGGAAUCUUGAAGAAGAGGAUACCGAGCACUCGCCGGAAGUUCACGACCCAUGGAAUCUCGGUGGUGAAGGCGGCGAGUUUGGAUAAGGUUAGCGGUGCAAUCAGACCAGGUGGAUUGGUGGAGAGCGACAAGUUACCGACGGAUGUCCGAAAACGAGCUAUGGAAGCUGUGGAUGAGUGUGGUCGGAGAGUCACUGUUGGUGACGUGUCUAGCAGAGCUGGUCUGAAAGUUACUGAAGCUCAAAAAGCCCUUCAAGCUCUAGCAGCUGAUACUGAUGGGUUUCUUGAGGUUUCGGAUGAAGGUGAUGUGCUUUAUGUUUUCCCAAGGGAUUAUCGGUCUAAGUUGGCUACCAAGUCGUUAAGGAUACAGAUUGAACCAUUUCUUGAAAAGGCAAAGGGUGCUGUAGACUAUUUGACUCGUGUUUCGUUUGGCACGGCGCUUAUAGCGUCUAUUGUUAUCGUCUACACAACGAUUAUAGUUCUGCUUUCUAGCAAAAGCGAGGAUGAUAAUCGGCAAAGAAGACGCGGGCGCGGAUUUGAUUCUGGAUUCAAUUUCUAUAUCAACCCUAUCGAUCUGUUUUGGUACUGGGAUCCAAAUUAUUACAGAAGGCGACGAGCUAGGGAAGAUGAAGGACAAGGAAUGAAUUUCAUUGAAUCUGUUUUCUCCUUUGUAUUUGGAGAUGGAGAUCCAAAUCAAGGAAUCGAAGAAGAGAGGUGGCAGAUGAUUGGGCGGUAUAUAACUUCUAGAGGAGGUGUUGUUGCAGCUGACGAACUUGCUCCAUACCUUGAUGUACCAUCUUCCAAGAGUGAUGCGAAUGAUGAAUCAUACAUUCUACCUGUUCUUCUUCGGUUUGAUGGUCAACCUGAGCUGGAUGAAGAGGGAAAUAUUUUGUAUCGCUUUCCGUCCCUGCAACGUACGGCUUCUGGAUCUAGUAGAAGAAAGGAAUACGUGGGGAAAUGGUUUGACUGGGUUGCAGAUAUGGAGAAGUUUUUCGAGGAGAAAAAAUGGCAAUUUAGUAAAACUAGUUCAACCGAGAGAGCAAUGGUCAUUGGCCUAGGUGCGGUUAAUCUCUUUGGUGUUAUUGUUCUAAACACCAUGCUAAAGGAGAUGGCUGUCAUGCCAAGUGGAUUUCUUACAUUUGUUAAGAACGUAUUUCCACUACUUCAGAUAUACGCAGGUUCAUUCUUUGCCAUCCCAUUGGUUCGGUGGUUUUCAGUCAAAAGAAAGAAUAAUCAGAUAGAGAACAGAAACAAAGCUCGGCUACAAUUUGCACGAGCACUUGAAUCUCCUGAUAUCGCACUACGGCGCAAGCUACUGAGUGCAAGGGAUAUGGCUCAAAAGACAGUCAUAGGGAAGGAGCGGAUCGUGUACAGUACAGAUAGAGAUAUGAUUGAACAAGACUAUGAGGCAGACGAAUGGGACCGAAGUCUUCGAGAGGUGGAAAAAACAGAUUGA